UCUUCCGGUGUACGGCUCUCUGUCAGUUGCGCGAGUGAUGAGAGGCGCCGUGCGCUCGGUGAGGAGGGGCAUCUCGUGUCCGACGCUAGACUCGAACUGCACGCGCAUCGUGGAGAGCCUCUCCUCGUGGAACAGCUCCGUGAUGAGCGCGUACAGGCUGCUGGAUUUACCCCCCACGACCACAUCUGUGAGUUGCGAGUUGUAUGCAUUCUGUGGGGCUUUAUUUGGCAUCUGCUCCAUGAUCACUCUCAUGGUCAUCGCUGUGGAUCGAUAUUUCGUGAUCACGCGGCCUCUAGCCUCCAUCGGUGUAUUGUCUCAAAAGAGAGCUCUGCUGAUCCUUCUGAUAGCUUGGGCUUAUUCACUUGGCUGGAGCCUGCCACCCUUCUUUGGCUGGAGUGCUUAUGUUCCUGAAGGGCUGUUGACCUCUUGCACCUGGGAUUAUAUGACCUUCACACCCUCUGUGCGAGCUUACACUAUGCUCCUCUUCAUCUUCGUCUUCUUCAUUCCACUUAUCGUCAUCAUCUAUUGCUAUUUCUUUAUUUUCCGAUCCAUUCGUGGCACUAAUGAAGCUGUGGGCAAAUUUAAUGGCGAUAACAAGAGAGACUCAAUUAAGCAAUUUCAACGGCUGAAAAAUGAAUGGAAGAUGGCGAAAAUUGCUCUUAUUGUCAUUCUCAUGUAUGUCAUCUCCUGGUCUCCAUAUUCAACUGUGGCACUGACAGCUUUUGCUGGGUAUUCUGAUAUGCUCACACCGUAUAUGAAUUCAGUACCUGCUGUGAUAGCCAAGGCUUCAGCAAUCCACAAUCCCAUCAUUUACGCCAUCACACACCCCAAAUACAGGUUGGCCAUAGCGAAAUACAUUCCGUGUCUUCGUGUGCUGUUGUGCGUCCCCAAGCGUGACCUCCAUUCGCUCCACAGCAGCUUUAUGUCCACACGUCGUUCCACCGUCACAAGCCAGUCCUCUGAUAUGUCUGGACAGUUUUACAGAACCAGCACUGGCAAGUCCCGGCUCUCCUCAGCCUCCGACAGCGAAUCUGGCUGGACAGAUACUGAGGCCGAUCUCUCGAGCAUGAGCUCCAGGCCUGCCAGCCGGCAAGUGUCUUGUGACAUCAGCAAGGACACUGCAGAGAUCCCAGACUUCAAACCUUGUAACUCAUCCAGCUUCAAGUCAAAGCUCAAAAGCCACGACUCGGGCAUCUUUGAAAAGAGUUCCUCUGAUGUGGAAGAUGUGUCUGUGGUAGGACUCAAUCAGCCGGACCGUACUAACCCUUUAGCUGCUGGUGACGAUACAGACAUGCCAAUUUCAAGAGGUGCGAUUGGUCGGAUUCCCAGUAUUGUCAUCACCUCGGAGUCUAGCUCUUUCCUGCCCUCGGUACGGCCCAGCUACAGAAGCAGCCGCUCAAGUGUGUCCAGUGCUGGGGCAAAUCCACCCAGGAGGGACUCUCGUGGAGGAGUCCAGCAGGGGGCAGUGCAUCUCUCCUCUGCGGCUGAAACCCCUGAGUCCGCUCACUUAUUAGACAACCCUCACCCUCAGUAUCUCUAGUGCUUAUACCUCUUCACUCGCCGUGUAAAUCUUACCUUCAAGCUUUGUGUUGAGGUUUAGUGUUUUUGUGAGUUAUCCUGUUCUGUGGUUUAGACCUUUAGUAAGGGGAACUUGAAAUGAAGAGAGAUUAAUCAGUGCUCUGUAUCACAGAAUGUAAAAUAUGAAAGUCAUACAUUGAUGUCUUUUACACGUGUAAUACAUUUUUAUGAUGACCUCAACUGUUAC